AUGGAACCAUCACAUCGUGUGGGAAACCUGCUCAAAGCUUCUUUUUACAGUCUUCUUUUUCUUACGCCUUUGUCUGGCUUCAAGUAGAUGAGGCAAGGUCCUGAUAUCAGUGAUAAUCAGGGGACUUGCUCCAGUGACAUGCUGAUGGGUCAGGGAGUUAUAAAUCCCUGGUUUACCGUUACCAAGUUCCCAUAAACAACUCGGUUGGGAUUGAACUUGUGACCCUUUCGACCAUAGACAGACACACAACCUGUUUCGCUACGAAGAGCCCGUGGCCUUCACAUCUAUCAGUUGAAAAAUAGAUCCUCGAUAUACUGACGAACAUCAAUCAAUUUUGAGAAUACUCAAGACCACUAAAAGAUUGCAAAACAAUACGAAAGGUUUUAGGAAAAUAGAAAUGGGCCUAUUGAAACGUAGGUCAUGUUGAAGAACCGCUCAAAGCUUCUUUUUAAAUUUUUAAACGAAAAAUAAAAAUCUGCAUGGCGUAGAAGUUCACGUUGCUCUGAAACGAACACAAAAAAACGAGAGAAGCUAAAAAUUACGAUGUAAAAGUUUCUAGUUCAGCCUCUAAAGGUGAAUCAAUGAACUGGGGAAGGUAGACUUCUCUGAAAUUUUCUUAAAACGAACAAGUGUACUAGAAUAAAUAGCUGUGAGGGAAUUUCUGGAAAAUCGGAGAAAUAAAGCUCUAAAGUUCCGUUUUGCUUCUAUUUUUCACGUUCUUAAAGAGCGUCAAUUUUUUUGAAUUAGUAAUUCUACAGUUUGAAAACUUCAUGAAGAACACCAAGAAGAUUCUCCGGAAGAGACUUGAAAUUUUAAUUUUCGGAGAAACAAUCUUUUUUUAUCGUUUCUAUGUCCCAAUCUGAAUCUACUUAAGAAACAAAUUUGGAAAGAGUUCAAAUUUUCCAGGCGCACAAGCUCCAAGAGUACAACCGUGCCGUCGAGCGACAGAAGGCCGAAAAGGAUCUGGAGGAGCGUCGCGAACGAGUUCGACGUGCCCAGGAGGCCAACCGUAAAGCUGCCGAAGAAGCCGCCCAAGUGAUUCCGAGGAGAAAUGAUUUUCCAAUAACAUUGCUGUUUCCAGCACCAGUCGGAGGAUGACUUUGACUUCUCGCAGUUCGGCGGUGCCCCGGGAGCUGGAGGACCUGGUGGACCUGGCGCCGGCGGAAUAAGCGACCUGUUCAACGAUCCGGAAAUCGCUGCGGCUCUUCAGGAUCCUGAGGUACAAGAGUAACCUUUUCAGCGGGAAUUUUGCUAACGGAUUAUUCUAAGAAGGUGCUCAAAAGCAUAAGGUGGCAAAACUCGGGACUAAUAAAGCAAUUUCGAGAUCAAACAACAAUGAAUUUUUAGGUUCUUCCCGCCCUAAUGGACAUCAUGCAGAACCCCGGUAACAUCAUGAAGUACCUUGGAAAUCCGAAAAUCGCCAAGUUCAUCGAAAAGAUGCAAAAGAAGGGCGGUGGAGGUGGGAUCGAACUCAAAAUCAGAAGAUCAACUCGAUUUUUCUUGCAGUUCCCGGCAUGUUUGGCGGCGCUCCAGGUGGCGCCAGAUUCGGCGGAGCUGGAGGAGGCUGCCCCAGCUCCGGCUGUACCGACAGCAACUGCGGACCUCCGGGAGGAGCCCCACCCUCCGCCAAGGCGCCGGAGCCUGACCUCGACUGA